AUGUAUAUUUUUGAUAAUUCUGGACCUGCAUUCUUUGAUGCUCGUGCAUUGCGUGAGAGAUCUCUUAAGCAAGCAGAGGAGGCUUUGAAGGGGAAAGGAAAAAGCUCCGGGGAUGAAAAGUUGUAUAGAGGCAUUAAUGGAUAUACCGAUUACAAGGCUGGUUUCCGAAGAGAGCAAACGGUUGCUAGUGAGAAAGCUGGCGGGGCACAUGGGCCUCUGAGGGCUUCUGCUCACAUAAGAGUUUCAGCGAGAUUUGAUUAUCAACCGGACAUAUGUAAGGAUUACAAAGAGACUGGUUACUGUGGGUAUGGAGAUUCUUGUAAGUUUAUGCAUGAUCGAGGGGAUUACAAGUCUGGAUGGCAAAUGGAGAAGGAGUGGGAUGAAGCAGAGAAAGUAAGGAAGAGAAAUCUAGCUUUGGGAUUAGAUGAUGAGGAUGAUGGCGGUGUAGACCCUGGUGAGGACGAUGAUGAUGAUGACUCAUUGCCCUUUGCAUGUUUCAUUUGCAGGCAGCCAUUUGUUGAUGCUGUUGUAACCAAGUGCAAGCAUUAUUUCUGUGAGCAUUGCGCAUUAAAGCAUCAUGCAAAGAAUAAGAAAUGCUUUGUUUGCAACAAACCUACUCUUGGCAUUUUCAAUACAGCUCAUGAGAUACGCAAAAGGAUUGUUGCGGAGGGUAAAUAAUAGUUGCUUGGUUGUUCAUCGUGCUCUUUGGUUUGUAAC